AUGGCUGUGCAUCGAGAACAACGUUCGCUCCAGUGGCAGGUACAGUUGUUCGUGUGUGUGUUUGUGUCUAAUGGGGUUUUGGCACAAGUCAGAUACUCCAUCCCGGAAGAAAUGUCGAAAGGGUCUUUGAUAGGGGAUAUUGCAAAGGAUUUGGGAUUGGAUGUGUGGAGGCUUAAAUCGGGUCGUGCUCGUGUUGUUACUGAGGACAGCAGCGACUGUGUGGACCUGAAUGCGGACAAAGGGAUUCUGCUGGUGAAAAAACGCAUAGACCGAGAGGAGCUGUGCGGUCAGACGUCUCCUUGCAGCUUCAGUUUCGAAAUGGUCCUGGAAAAUCCAAUGGAAUUAUUCAGCAUUACAAUCUUUAUCCAAGACCAGAACGAUAACGCACCUCAGAUCCUCUACCCAGUACAUGCUGGUGGCAGUCUGGUGGCGGAAAUGGUGCCUCGUUCGGCAGAUGUUGGAUAUCUGGUCACUAAGGUAGUCGCUGUUGAUGUGGACUCUGGACAGAAUGCCUGGCUCUCAUAUAAACUGCUGAAAGCGACAGACAGAGCACUGUUUGAAGUGGGCUCACAGAAUGGAGAAAUAAGAACUUUACGCCAGGUCACUGAUAAAGAUGCUGUGAAACAAAGACUUACUGUUGUUGUUGAGGACAACGGACAGCCCUCUCGCUCAGCCACAGUGAAUGUCAAUGUGGCUGUGGCGGACAGCUUUCCAGAAGUGUUCUCGGAAUAUACAGAUUUUACGCAAGAUAAGGAUUACAACGACAACUUGACUUUUUAUUUAGUUUUGGCAUUGGCGGUUGUUUCCUUCCUCUUCAUCUCGUCUGUAGUAGUCAUGAUAUCCAUAAAAGUCUACAGAUGGAGACAGUCUCGCAUCUUCUAUCAAUCCAAUCUCCCAGUUAUUCCUUAUUACCCACCCCAUUACGCAGACGUUGGAGGCACAGGAACACUACAACAUGUUUAUAAUUACGAGGUGUGCAGGACCACUGACUCCAGAAAUAGUGACAUUAAAUACCUCAGACCCAUCAGUCAAAGCCUCAUUAGUGUUGAUAUGAAUGAUACCGAGACAAUGCCGCAUGAUCAAAAGACGUCGACUCCAACCGAAGAAUGUUCAACACUGAUUCGAUAUUCUAUUCCAGAAGAAAUGGUUAAGGGCUCAUUUGUCGGUAACAUCGCGGAGGAUUUGGGACUGAGCGUGCAGCGUUUGGUGAGUGGCAGGGCUCGUGUUUUAACCCGAGGCAGCAGCCAGUACGUGGACUUGAAUUUGGAAAAAGGGGUUUUGGUUGUGAACGAAAGAAUAGACCGAGAGCAGCUGUGCGGCCUUGUUUCGCCGUGCAGUUUCAAUUUCGAGCUGAUCCUAGAAAAUCCGAUAGAACUGCAUCCGGUCACAGUAAACAUACAGGACCAGAAUGAUAAUGCUCCGCAGAUUCUCUACCCGGUGCAGUCUGGCAUUUCUCUGAUGACUGAAAUGGUGCCUCGUUCAGCAGACGUGGGGUAUCUUGUCACAAAGGUGGUGGCUGUCGACAUGGACUCUGGACAGAAUUCCUGGCUUACAUACAAACUGUUGACGGCGACAGACAGGUCGCUGUUUGAGGUGGAUUUGCAAAACGGAGAGAUACGAACCUUGCGUCGGGUCACGGAUAAAGAUGCUGCAAAACAAAGAUUUACUGUUGUAGUUGAGGACAGUGGGCAGCCCUCUCGCUCAGCAACUGUAACCGUUAAUUUAGUGGUAGCAGACAGCUUCCCAGAAGUGCUUUCAGAAUUCAAUGACUUCACGCAGGACAAGGAUUACAAUGACAACUUGACUUUUUAUUUAGUCGUGGCCUUGGCUGUAGUCUCUUUCCUCUUCAUAUCUUCCUUAGUUGUUAUAAUAUCAGUAAAAAUCUACAGAUGGAGACAGUCCCGCAUUUUCUAUCAAUCCAAUCUGCCAAUUAUUCCGUAUUAUCCACCACGUUACGCAGACGCUGGGGGAACAGGAACUCUACAACACGUGUACAAUUACGAGGUGUGCAGGACCACUGACUCCAGAAAGAGUGACUGUACAUUUAUGAGACCCUGUAGUCAGAGCGUUUUAAUGCUGGACCCCAGCGCCACAGAGACAAUGCAGCACGUGCAGAAAGAAGAGCAUCUCCUGGGAGAUUCUGACUCUUCAGCCGAGGUGAGAUUAUAA